AUGAAUUAUUUAAAUUUUCCCCUUAGAUAUUUGCAAAGAGAGAUAUCAGUAUCAAGUGAUUACUUUUUUGAUAAUAUGAACUUCUUUUCUUAAUUCAAUAGAACUUUUCAUAAAGCUACAAUAAGUAUUCAUAUUUAAUUUAUUAAAUCUAGAAAAUCCUUUUUAUUUAUUCUGUUCAAUUAGUUUCUUUGUAAAUCUUAUUGGGGGGUUUGCUACUUCUUUUGGAAAUUAUAGAAUUUGAGGAAACCAAUCAAAUAUGUUAAUAAUAAAAAAUGAUGUUUACUCCAACUCCUUUAAGAUUGGGAUUCCCUUGUCAAUUUCUAUGGGAUGAUGGAUUUCAUAAUUUGAUUGUUUGUAGAUGGAAAUCUUAAUUAUGUAUCUAAUCUUUAUCAGAUUGA